AUGUCUCUCCUUGAACUAGUGCUCGUCGGCGGUGAGCCCGCUCGCGCGUAUGAUCUCCUACCAUCCACAGUCUUCUCCGCCGCCUACGCUCUCCUCGUGCCCUUCACGCUCUCCCGCUACGCUUUCAAGCGCUCCCGUUCCACGAUUCAGAGCAGCCUAUCGAUGCUGUUUGCCUUCCGCGCUGCACUAUGCGUCCAUCCCGAGAGCGUCAAUCGCGACUCGUUGAAUGAAUAUACCCAGAUCUCCUUUGUGCUGGGAUACCUCAGCUUGCCCGACUCCCUGAUAGGAGUGAUCCGUACUGUGCUCGUCAAUGCGACUAGGCCGCCGCCAAAACACGGCGCUGGAUCCCCGCCACACGUCCCUCCCAAACUCACCUCCGCCAAUGCCUCUGGAUGGAAGGGCUCAAGGGACACUGCUCCCACGGACCGCGCGACGCUCCGUUUUUGGUUCCGCCGUUGGUCGAACGUUUUGACUGUCGUCUUCUGCGCCAGUCUCCUCAUCUCAGCAAUGGCAGGAAAGUGCGCGGCCAGCCAGACUCCUCGGUACUUAAGAUACGCCAGCACCGUCUCCUCGCUCGUGAUCGUCUUCUCAGAGCAGGCGAUCUUACUCUGGGCCGCUUGGAAGGUCCCCCGCGUUGACCUGCGCGCAGUACGAUAUCUGUCGACGUUGGUUGCGAUUUUGUGGUCUCCCACUAUAUACCGUGUGGCCGUCCUGUCCUCAGCCGCGGACCAGAACAGCGCAAGCGCGAAGGCGGCCUUCUACAUCUUUCAAGUCAUGGCCGAGUGGUCGGUGGCUUGCGUUCUCUGCGUGUCAGAUGUCAGGCAGAUUUGCAAUCUCGGAUUACAGGGCGAUGUUCGCUUUUGGGACGAAACGCCGGCCGCAAAAGUCACAGGGCUUACUUAG